GUUAGUUACAAGUAUUUGUAUUUUUUACUAUUUAUUUAGAUAGUUAGUUCUAGCGUUGACGUUAUAGCCAUCCUGAUCCAAACUCCGCACCAGUUGUUGGCGGUAAUGCAAACACGGUUUACCCAACCGCCAACCAAUCCUAAAGAAGACGAAGAAGAAUGCACCCGGAUGUUGAUCUCAGAAUAACAUGGCGCCGAUCGGUCGUAGAAUCAGCCGUGUCUGUGUUACGUUGACCAAGUACUAGUUAUCUCCAUCAGUCCUGAUCCACCAGAGUCCCUGGACGUCUGGAUAAAUCUCUGACGGCUCUGACAGCUUUAUUCCUGGAUAUUUUCCCUCUGAAUCACCUCCCGGUAGCAUGCAAAACUAUUAAAGUUAGCUUAGCAUGCUAGCCUGAAACGGACCGAAGUUAGCAACACGGAGAUAGUCCGAGUUUAACGGAGAGAAAACUGUGUUUUAAAAAAAAUUCUCGGGAGGAAACGUGUCUCUGAUUCAGAGAAGAUGUCUAAAGUCCAUGUGCUGAGAUAUUUAGUGAAGCAGCGACUCACUGAGGCUGCUGAAGAGAUAUUUGGGCUGUUUGAAAGAACGAUAGCAGAGUACGAGGAGGAAGCUUCUAGAUUAAAAGAGGACAACGAGCGACUGAAGAAAUGUCUGCACCCUGUUUUAAACCCGAAAGUCCACAUAGAAAGAGCAGAUGUCCAGCAGCUCUUUGUGCCUAAAGAAGAGCAGCAGGAGGACCCGGAGCCCCCCCACAUUAAAGAGGAACCUGAGGACCCAGAGCCCUCACACAUUAAAGAGGAACCUGAGGACCCAGAGCCCUCACACAUUAAAGAGGAGAAGCUUCAAGGGCUGGAGGAGGCUGACAUGAAGGUGUCAUUCGCGUGUGUGAACAGUGAAGGUGAUAUAGAGGAAGCUUGGUCCUCACAUCUUCAUCAGAGACAAACUGAACAGAUGGUGACAGAUGGUGAUGGAGAGGAGUUUGGAGGACCAGAACCAGACAGAAUCUCAGGGUCAGAUUGUCCUCCAGACCCAGAUAGUGAUGAGAAUACUGGAGACUCUUCUGAACCUGAGACUGAGGACAGUGAUGAUUGGAGUAAGACCAAACAACCUCAGUCAGGUUUAAACUCCCAAAAUAAUGAUGACGGUUCUGUCAGUGAUUCAAGAUGUAGAACACGUGAAAAACAUUUAAUGUGUUCUGAUUGUAAGAAAACAUUCGGUUGCAUUAAGAAGCUGAAACGUCACAUGCGGACCCACAAAUUAGAGAAAGCUUUCAGCUGCUCAGAGUGUGGUAAAUAUUUCACCACAAGUGGACAUCUGAAGACACACAUGAGAUGUCACACAGGAGAAAAACCUUUCAGCUGUUUACAGUGCGGUAAAUGUUUCAGUGUAGGUGGAAAUCUGACGAGACACAUUAGAUGUCACACAGGAGAGAAACCGUUCAGCUGCUCAGAGUGUGGUAGUUGUUUCACUCAAAGUGGAAAUCUGACGGAACACAUGAGAUGUCACACGGGGGAGAAACCUUUCAGCUGCUCAGAAUGUGGUAAAUGCUAUGCUAGAAAUGGAGAUCUGAAGUCCCACAUGAAAUGUCACACAGGAGAGAAACCUCUCAGCUGCUCAGAAUGUGGUAAAUGCUAUGCUAGAAAUGGAGAUCUGAAGUCCCACAUGAGAUGUCACACAGGGUAAAAACCUUUCAGUGGUAAAUCCAUCCAUCCAUCUUCAAACCGCUUAUCCUGCAAACAGGGUCGCGGGGGGGCUGGAGUCUAUCCCACCCUGGAUUGGUCGCCAGCCAAUCGCAGGGCUAACACAGACGAACAACCAUUCACACAUCCAAACUAAGGGCGACUUAGAGUAUGGAAUGCCGUUUUAGUCAAAAUUAAAUAAAUGAACAAAUACACGGUAAUGCAUAAUGACACUGCAUUUCAUAAUAAAUAAAUGAAUAAAAACACGGUAAUGCAUAAUGACACUGCAUUUCAUAAUAAAUAAAUGAAUAAAAACACGCUAAUGCAUAAUGACACUGCAUUUCAUAAUAAAUAAAUGAAUAAAAACACGGUAAUGCAUAAUGACACUGCAUUUCAUAAUAAAUAAAUGAAUAAAAACACGGUAAUGCAUAAUGGCACCGUAAUGCAUAAUGACCCAGUAUUUCAUUUCACGUUCUUAUAUGCAAAUCAGGGGGCGUGGCUAUCUAUCACAUUCAGAACAGACAACGGAGACGUGUGCAAAAAGGGCUGGCUAAGGCAGUGUUUCUCAACUGGUGGGCCGUUUGUCUAGAGCUGCCGAAGUCGGAACCGCAAGCCCUAGUACUUCCAGAAAACCCUCAAUAUGUGUCAAAAUAGUAUCUGCAGAUAACCCAUGUUGAUCGAUUUGAUCCGCUAAUGCUAGCAUGCUAUCUCGGAGCCCACCGAUGUCUUCCAUUAUGUCAACACUCUCACGUCCCUUAGCCCCGUAGUUCUCAACUUGUCUGGCUCCGGGACCCACCUUUACCCCUUAAUGACAAGCGGCGACCCAAUU